CCGCGCCCCGCCCGCCCCACUCCUGGUAACCGUUAUUGCCAGCGUCACGCGCCUGCCCCCUGCCUCAGGAGCCUAGACCAUGGAGGAGCCUGGUAUGCCUCAUGAAUCAGCAGAGGAUUUGUUUCAUUUCAACGUUGGAGGCUGGCAUUUCUCAGUUCCCAGAAGCAAACUCUCUCAGUUCCCAGACUCCCUGCUAUGGAAAGAGGCUUCAGCCUUGACCUCUUCAGAAAGCCAGAGGCUAUUCAUUGACAGAGAUGGUUCCACAUUCAGGCACGUGCAUUAUUACCUCUACACCUCCAAACUCUCCUUCUCCAGUUGUGCAGAACUGAACUUGCUCUAUGAGCAAGCACUGGGUCUGCAGCUGAUGCCUUUGCUCCAGACUCUAGAUAAUCUGAAGGAAGGGAAACACCAUCUACGUGUGAGGCCUGCAGACAUACCUGUUGCUGAGAGAGCAUCUUUGAAUUACUGGCGAACAUGGAAGUGUAUCAGCAAACCCUCAGAAUUUCCAAUAAAAAGCCCAGCCUUUACAGGCCUACAUGAUAAGGCACCUUUGGGACUCAUGGAUACACCACUGUUAGACACAGAAGAGGAAGUGCAGUACUGCUUCCUGCCCUUAGACCUAGUGGCCAAGUAUCCAAGCCUAGUGACCGAAGACAACCUGCUGUGGCUGGCUGAGACUGUGGCCCUGAUCGAGUGCGAGUGCAGCGAGUUCCGCUUCAUUGUGAAUUUUCUCCGCUCACAGAAGAUUUUACUACCAGAUAAUUUCUCUAACAUAGAUGUAUUAGAAGCCGAAGUGGAAAUUCUGGAAAUCCCUGAGCUCAGUGAAGCUGUGAGGUUGUACCGAAUGAACAUGGGUGGCUGUUCCCGGACUUCCUGUCCUCCUCCAAGCCCUGGGAAGGGGGGCCGCACAGCAGGCCUGGAGUCCAUGAAGCCACUGUACAUGAUGGCACUGGGUCUGCUUGUCAAGUACCCAGACUCUGCACUGGGACAACUCCGCAUCGAGAGCACACUAGAUGGAAGUAGACUGUACAUCACGGGGAACGGGGUCCUCUUCCAGCAUGUUAAGAACUGGCUGGGCACUUGCCGGCUGCCCCUGACGGAGACCAUUUCUGAGGUGUAUGAGCUCUGUGCCUUCCUGGACAAGAGGGACCUCACCUAUGAGCCAGUGAAAGUGGCUCUGAAGACUCAUCUGGAGCCAAGGACUCUGGCACCUAUGGAUGUAUUCAAUGAGGAGUGGAUGGCAGAAAUCACUGUGUAUUCUCCCCAACAGAUCAUCAGAGUUUAUGUUGGAAGCCACUGGUAUGCAACCACCCUGCAGACCCUGCUAAAGUAUCCAGAACUGCUGUCCAACCCUCAGAGAGUUUACUGGAUCACAUAUGGACAGACCCUGCUGAUCCAUGGGGAUGGCCAAAUGUUCCGACACGUUCUCAACUUCCUGAGACUUGGCAAACUGUUUUUACCAUCUGAAUUUAAGGAAUGGCCCCUUCUCUGCCAGGAGGUGGAGGAGUACCGCAUCCCAUCCCUCUCAGAAGCCCUUGUCCAAUGUGAGGCAUACAAGUCAUGGAUCCAGGAGAAAGAAUCUGAAAAUGAAGAAGCGUUUCCCAUCAGGAGGCUGCACAUGGUGACAGAAGGGCAAGGGUCACUGGUAGAGUUCAGUAGAGAUGCCAAAGAAACCACAGCUUGCAUGCCUAUGGAGUUCCAAGACGGCAGUGACAGGACUCCAUGGAACAAAGCCAAGGGGACCCCGGCCAGGUCCAGCCAGAUGGAGGAGACUGAGCAGUACUCCCGCACAAUCCAGGUGUCCUUGUGCGGAGGGGCAAAGAGGGCAAGCAAUCCCAGCACAUACUCACACUGCCCUGGCCUGUGUGCCAACCCUAGACACUGGGGGGCCCACCCUGAAAGUCCUCCCACGAAGAAGUGCACCACAGUCAACCUCACACAGAAAUCUGAAACUAAAGACCCUCCUGUCACCCCCAUGCAAAAACUCAUCUCCCUGGUGAGGGAAUGGGACAUGGUCAAUUACAAACAGUGGGAAUUCCAGCCACUGCCAGCCCCCCGGAGCAGCUCCUUGGAGGAGCCCACCCUGCAACUCCCCUCAGGAAAUGAGGCUGUUUCCCAUCCCACCACCUCAGCUUCCUGGAAAGGCCACUCCACAGCCUCAGAGAAGGACCCCGGCCCACAGGCAGGAACUGGAGCUGGAGCCAAAGACAAGGGGCCAGAGCCAACCUUUAAGCCAUACUUCCCUAUGAAAAGAGCUGUCACCCUGAAGGGCUGGGGCAAGCAGAGGCCAAAGGAGAGAGCAAGUCCUGCUCCUGAGCAGUCUCUGCCUGAGGCCAGUGAGGUGGACAGCACAGGAGUCAUUCUCAAAGUUACCCACCCCCCUGUGGUGGGUAGCGAUGGCUCCUGCAUGUUUUUUGAGGACAGCAUCAUCUACACCACACAGAUGGACAACCUCAGGCACAUGCCACCCACAGCCAGCCCCCAGCCCCAAGAGGUGACCUUCCUGAGCUUCUCUCUGUCCUGGGAAGAGAUGUUCUAUGCACAAAAAUGUCACCGUUUCCUGACUGACAUCAUUCUGGAUUCCAUCAGGCAAAAGGACCCCAAAGCCAUCACAGCCAAGGUGGUCUCCCUGGCCAACCGGCUGUGGACCCUGCACAUCAGCCCCAAGCAGUUUGUGGUGGAUUUGCUGGCCAUCACUGGCUUCAAGGAUGACCGGCACACCCAAGAACGCCUGUACAGCUGGGUGGAGCUCACGCUGCCUUUCGCCAGGAAAUACAGCCGUUGUGUGGACCUGCUCAUCCAGAGGGGCCUGUCUAGGUCUGUCUCUUACUCUGUCCUGAGCAAGUACUUACAAGAGGGCUAAGGUGCCCAGAGAUGCUGCCCCGACAUACACCACCCUACCAACAAGAUUCUUUUUAACCGGGGACAUCCACAAAAUGCAUUUGCCCAUCCAAGGGUGUGUAUCAGUUUAUUUUUUAUUAUAAACAAAUAAAGAAUAAGUCACAAGUCAA